AUGGCAAUGGCGAUCGAACUUUGUUCAGAAAAUUGUGGUUUGAUUACGAGUCCUCGAAUUUCAUUUUCUCAUGAUCUCUCCCAAACAGACAUUGCCCCAGUCCAAUACCUAAAUGGAUCACAUUCAUCGUCGAGUAGUGUUGAUUUCGAUUUCUGCAUUUAUGAUGAGAGAUUCGAUCAAGAAUCAUCCUCAGCAGAUGAGAUUUUCUCCAAUGGUAAAAUUCUUCCGUUUGAAAUCACGAAAAAGAUUGCUCCACCGAGACAAGUAAAACCACCACAAGCAGCACAUGUUAAUAAUGUUAUCGAUAUCAGCGUCAAGAGUUUGAGGAGUGAGAAGUCGAAUGGAAUGAAAAUGGCAAGUUCUGGAUCAGAUGACAAGCAAAAUUCUAAGUCAUUUUGGUGCAUCAAGCGUAGUAGCAGCUUGAAUUGUGGUAAUGGCUAUGCAAGGAUUUUGUGUCCUUUACCACUGUUAUCUCGAAGUAGUUCAACAGAUUCACCACCAACUGUUAAGCGACUAUCUUCAACCUCAAAGGAAAGUUGGAAUAAUAAGCAGCAUUCCAAGAAAAUUUUAUCAGUUGCUUCGAUGAAACAGAAACAGUCUUCUUCCUCAACUAGCUACCAAAAGUCUCCAUUGAAGAAGGGUUACGGUGUUUAG